AUGUUUAUGCCAUCGGCAACAGAAGAAUGCAACUGGGAACUUGUCAUCAAAGCUCAAAUUGCUGAUGUCUUACUCAAAUAUGUGGCUACUCCCUCAGAUACGAAGCUCUUGAUUCCAACAACCUCACCAGUUGUGGACCAAAUCUCAUCCACACAACCCGACAUAACAAUGCUGAAACUAAUGGUUGCGUCAGACAAUUCAGCUCAAGGUGUUGGCGAGGUCUUUGAUUCCCUUCUCGAACAAACCAACAUGAAUGUAAAGGAUUUCUCUUCACGUCUACAGGUUAUCGAUGGUGACUUAGGGACCUGUACAAAUGUACACAGUUUACGAUCACAGCGUGUACCCGAUAAACAUGUUGAGGAAAGCUUAAUAAAUGUUUGCACGAUCUUGGGCGGAUCACACACCUUGUGGAAUAUAUCACAAGCAAUCUACUCAAAGCACUAUGGGAACGAUUCUGAUUCACGAGAUUCGGGUGCCUGGCGUUUUCUAAAUGGACUUGGGAUUCCGGCCAACAAAAUGCUCGACAAAAAAGACUAUACUGCAAUGAUUCAGAACAUACAGAAGAUUCACACUGCAACUUUAGUUCAUUGCAUCAAGACUGUAAUGGGAACUGACAAGGAUCCAGUGCCCGAGGACCUUCCUCUGAUUUCAAGUCAGGAGGUUCACAACCUGAUCCAAGAAACAUACAAAGAAUUCUUCUCUCCAAUGGCUCAAGAUGCUGCCAGCGGACGAUCAUCUCCAAAGCUUGCAAACCUAAUGCGAAGACUUAGUGAUUUUGCAACAAUUGUUGAGGGAAACUCAGCCAUGAAAGCUGGCGACAUUGGGCGUCUAAUGAACGUAUGGAAGCGAUGGGCAAUCAUAUCGCAGGGGGUCAAAAAACUGACCAACUACUUGAUCCAGCUACCACGAAUGAUCAUUUUGCUAAAUGAAAUAUUGCCAAAAGGCUUGAGAAAAGUAAUUUCACACUCGCUCUUAAUAGCCCCAAGUGGCAGACAGAAACACUUUGUCGCAAAGGAUCAGCACCUCAAAAACCAAAACUUUUGGUUGAAAUACUUCUUCAACCACUCAGGUCAAGGCACUGAUAUCAAAAGGCUCAAGGAUGUUUACUCGCUCAAUGUUCCAUUGUUAAAUUAG